GCAUUUGCCACAAAUAUCUCCCCGUGGCUUGUCUGCCCCCCUUCAUUCCAUCUGAUUUUCUGCGGCCCAACUCGGUGCACUUGUGGGGAGCAUUAGGGCGGUGGGUUUUAUAGAUUCGGAGCAGGAGUCUGUGUUCAAUCUGAGGCCUUCCUUUUUUCGGGGGAAAAAUUUCCUGUACCCGCUCGAGUGUGGUUAAAAGUGUGGAGGUCGAUAGCUGGGUAUUAUCGGAAAAUCAGGAGGAGGUUGAAUUUCGAGGAUUGAGAAUUGCGAGGGUGGUGCUUGUCACACUUUGUGACCGUUUUAUACUUGGGUCCUCGCAGCUAGGUUUGAAGUGCCUCAGACUUGAUCGGAUACAAACCAUUCGGAAGGGUGACGCAAUAGGAGCUGGAGGGGAGUUUCGGUUUCGAAUUCAUAAGAAGAAUCCCAGUUGUGCACUCGGAUCCGGUAGCAUGCAUACUCUCCACCAUCUGCUGUUAGGGUCCAACUCUUCCGUCGACCAGGAGACUUAUUCUUAUGAAGACUUGAAUCAGGGUCAGCUAGGCUGGAACAAGAUAUCGUCUCGUCAUUGCUGGUCACUACCGCUGGGAAUUUGACAUCUUGAAUUCGAAUCAUAGUUUUGAGGGGGAAUUACUCUAAAGUCGGAGAGCAGAGCAGGCUUUCCUGGACGGAAAGCUCUGUUCUAGUAGUAAGGAAACAUGGUGAUUAGUUGUGCGAAUCCUGUGGUUGGGGGAUUGUUUUCCUCCACCAUGCUUCCGAAGGCUUUUGCAUCAGGUUCGGGAUGCCUAACCUCAGAAUUUGUCGAUACCUCGUGGAGGAGGGUAGCCCUCAACACCACAUCAGCAGAAUCGAGAAGGAGAAUUGGUGUUUGCGUAGCAAGGACACCAGCAGUUCAAGAUGUCAAGGAUGUUGGAAUACAGACGCCAGGGAAUGGGCGCGUGAGCACAUCUGAAGAGAAAAACGUGUCACCUCCACGGACGCGGCCUCUGCGAGUGCUCGUGGCAGGCGGUGGUAUCGGUGGACUUGUUUUUGCACUUGCCGCGAAGAACAGAGGUUUGGACGUGGUUGUUUUCGAGAGGGAUUUGAGUGCUAUCCGAGGGGAAGGCCAAUACCGAGGCCCCAUUCAAAUUCAAAGUAAUGCACUCGCGGCGUUGGAGGCAGUAGAUCGGCAGGCUGCCGAAGAGAUAAUGGCAAACGGAUGCGUCACAGGUGACCGUAUCAAUGGCCUCGUGGAUGGAAUUACCGGAGAGUGGUACUGCAAGUUCGAUACUUUCUCACCCGCAGCAGAGCGAGGCUUGCCAGUCACUCGAGUGAUCAGUCGGAUGAAACUCCAGGAAAUUCUUUCCGGUGCAUUGGGAUCAGAGUACAUACAGAAUGGCUCUAAUGUGGUAGAUUUUGUGGACGACGGGAACAAAGUGGAAGUCGUGCUGGAGGAUGGACGGACAUUUGAAGGGGACAUCCUCGUCGGCGCUGAUGGCAUUCGCUCCAAGGUGCGAACGAAAUUGCUAGGUGAGUCGUCGACCGUGUAUUCUGAUUACACCUGCUACACGGGGAUUGCUGAUUUUGUGCCCGCUGAUAUCGACACCGUUGGGUACCGCGUCUUCCUCGGCCACAAACAGUACUUUGUUUCUUCGGACGUUGGGCAAGGGAAGAUGCAGUGGUAUGCGUUCUACAAUGAACCUGCGGGCGGGGUAGACGCCCCAGGCGGAAGGAAGGCAAGGUUGAUGUCGUUGUUCGGGGGAUGGUGUGACAAGGUGGUGGAUCUCCUACUGGCAACUCCGGAGGAACAGAUUCUGCGCCGUGAUAUUUAUGAUCGUAUUCCAAUCCUGACGUGGAGUAAAGGCAGAGUAACGCUGCUUGGUGAUUCCGCGCACGCUAUGCAGCCAAAUCUUGGUCAAGGUGGUUGUAUGGCUAUCGAGGACGGCUUCCAACUUGCUUUGGAUUUAUCGAAAGCUGCGAAGCAACCUUCUGCCGACUUGCAGGGUGUUUUGAAAACGUACGAGGGGAAGAGAAGAAUACGUGUCGGAGUGAUCCACGGGCUGGCGCGGAUGGCUGCCAUCAUGGCUACCACAUACAAGCCGUAUCUCGGGGAAGGCCUCGGUCCCCUGUCAUUCAUCAAGCAGCUCAAAAUCCCGCACCCAGGUCGAGUGGGAGGCCGUUUCUUCAUUACCAUCGGCAUGCCAACAAUGCUCAGUUGGAUUCUGGGUGGUAACAGUUUUGCACUGGAGGGUCGUGCUCCGUACUGCAGCCUCGAAGACAAGGCAGACUCGAAUUUGAAGAAAUGGUUCUGGAACGAUGAUGCCCUGGAGAGAGCCACCAAUGCAGACUGGUACCUUGUCCCGGCCUCAGAAAGAAUGCCGAUCGACGGUGACGUGACCGAAAGCGGAAGGCCUCUGCUGCGUCUGUGCCGGGAGGAUUCCAAGCCAACCAUUGUUGGAUGCGAAUCAUGCGAAAUAGAGCUUGGCGAGUUCCGGGCUGUGACGGAACCCGAAGUUGCACCACAGCAUGCCAAACUUGUGUUCAAAGACGGCGCCCUGUUUGUUACGGACCUAGACAGCAAGACUGGCACGUGGAUUACGAGUAUCAGUGGUGGUCGCUGCAAAUUGACCCCGAAAAUGCCCACUCGAGUUCACCCGGAGGAUAUCAUUGAGUUCGGCCCUGCCAAGGAGGCUCAGUACAAGGUGAAGCUCCGAAGGUCCCAGCCAGCUAGAUCAAACUCUUACAAGACAGACUUGAAUGCGCUGAAAGUGGCAUAAGGGGACUCGAUAAACUCCAGUAUUCGACGACUAUUCUGCAGUGAUGGGACUCUAGCAGCAUUGAAUCUCCACCCCCCCCCCUUUUUUUUUUAAUUUUAAAAACAUCGAUACAGCACUUGACUGGACCCACGGAUUGAAUUGAAUUGCAGCAAUGUUGAAGGAUUGCUGCAGCUCGACUCACAGGAUAGGAUGUAACCCAUGCCAGCUCUAGUGUAUGAAAUAGUAGGCUCUAGAUAGAUUAACCCACUGUAUAUUGUUAGUGUGUAAUCUGAUCCAAAGGGAUUCUUAAGAUUUCUUGGUUCAUACGGUUAAAUAUGGCCAUGAGCGGUGUAUUUUAAUGCCUACGAUUGCAUCCAGUUGGAUCAUAAUAUCGCAGUCAACUUCUCUUCUCUUCAA